CUACGGGCAAUUUAGUCUUCAAUCAACCGACCAUGCAUGUUUUUGGAAUGUGGGAGGAAACCGGAGCACCCGGAGAAAACUCUCGCUGGCACGGGGAGAACCUGCAAACUCUAUAAAGCAUGUGCGCGCGCCCCGCAGAAGCGUUGCCUCCAGCGUGCGCGCGCACCGACAGACCGCUCGGACGGGAGCAGUGGAGACGUCAUAUACGCUCAGCAGACAGCACCAACCUGGCUCGACCUGAUUUGCGACGCUUUGACUCGCUCAUACGGACCUCAUCCUCAAACGCCAGGUGACAAGCAGAUGUUGCGUUACGUGCCACCUUGUGGCUGUUGACAGUCCGUGUAAACAGUAUGGAGGUCAGCGGAGGAGCGGCAGUUACAGGAAAGUAAAUGUCCAUUUAUUAUUCCAGCUCUUCCCCUCAAAACUGCUGUGCAAACAACAACCAACCCUAACCCUCUAAUCUUAACCUUAAUCCUAACCCCUAACUAUAAUCCUAACCCUUACCCCUAACCCUCUAUCCCUAUCCCUAACCUUGGCCCUUUCUCUAACCCUUAAACCCUAUCACCAUCCUAACCUAACCAUGCCCCUAACACAAACCCUGCCCUAACCCUAACCCCCGAGAUCCUAAAGAUAACCCUCGACCCUUAACCCUGAAUGUGUUUAAAAGCACAAUUUAGUAGGUCUCACAAGGUGAUGUUAUUUUGAAAAUGGGGGUCCGGAGCUCAACAAGUGGACCGCGGCCAACUACUGGCAUUACUGUGGACACACGGGGGCUCACGGGUCAUUAAAAAAGCCCAGCAACGGGUUUUGAAAGGGGUUACAUCAUUGAUGUGUUAUCUGGGCCGGCGUAAGAAGAGAGGAUCGAUGUGGUUGCAUCUCUGGAUCCCAGUGACGUUUUUCACUCGCCGUCCAGACCAGGGGGCACGUGCCUUUGUAAGUCAAGAGCACACAUUUGCUGGUUUUGAAAGGCCACAGCUGUGUUUAGCUAAGCUCAGCCAGUGCGUCUUUAAAAGACACCACAUGAGACUGGGUUGCCAUUUCGCUGUACAGUGUGCUGGCUCGCGGCGGGCUUUGUGGGAAAACUUUUCUUAGUUUUACCGUAACACUCUUCUUUAUGGACCACAGCCCAGAGUGUUUUUUUAAUGGUUGUAUUCCUUGUGGAACUUUGAAUGGGGGUCUGGUGUGAUGCUUCAUAAAGUCUUUGAGUAUCCUUAGGGUUAAGACUACCCCUAACCCAAACCCUUCAUUGAGGUAUCUUUAGGUUAACCCUAUCCCCAACCCUAGGUAAGGCUAAUGCUAACCCUAACCCCAAACACGAUUCCAACCCCAACUCCAAGAUGACACUAACCCUAACCUAAACCUAGCCCUAACCUGAGUGACCCCCUAACCGUCACUUACCCUUAAUACUUAACCUAGCUAACAUUAACCCUUUCAAAAGCUACACCUAACAUUCAUACAAGCUAAAACUAAACCCUAACUAGUAAACACUAACUCUAACCUCUAAAUAACUCUAACCCCAAACCCUACCCUUAAUCACUAUUCUUUGCUAACAUUAAUCCCUGACCUAAACUCUAACUGACAAAAGCACUAAGAUAACCUAACUAGUGUUAACAUUAAAUAAGAUCAAAUAUAGAUAUGAGAAUGAAUAAUAUUAUUUUAUCAUUAAACUAUUUUAAUAUUUUAACUUCAUCCACCAAAUGACUCGGCUCAUGUCCUUUUAAAAAAUGUGACCCUUGACGACUUGAGUUUUCCCACCCCAGUCCAGGGUGAAUCCUAACCUUAACCCGUGAAUUCUAAAGCUUGUCUAUCUCUGCUGACACGCACUUUAAAUCUCUUUAAUUAGGAUUGGCUCACAAUUCCCACGCCUCCAUGUUACAGGAAGGACCAUAAAACAGUAAACCAGACUGUACCAGUAAACCACGUGCAUGAAACAUACACUUAAAGACCGCCUGGUCUUUCAGAAGUCCACUUACUCAUCGUCUGAGCCGCAUUCGUAUUAAAGAACCCGGUCGGGUCGUACCCAUGACUCAUUACCUGCUGUAAAUGACAUCAGCAGCAUAUGAGUGAAGCCACUAGAGAAGGUUUCUGUCAUCUUUCCCAACUAACAUGCUUCUGUACCAGGUUUCAGGUAUUUAUUCGCGCUCUCUCAAAAGUGCUUCCUAAAAACUUGACUUUACAAACUCCUCCAUGUCAAAGAAAAACCUCAUGGUCAGAAGGACUUUUCUUUGAUUUUAAAAAUUUUCGUGGCAUACUAAUGAGUUGCACGUGUUCUCUUGCCAGUGGAAUACAAAUCUGCUGUGAUGCCUCGCGCAAAAGUGCUUUCUUAAUAACUUACCAUACCAAACUCCUUGGUGUAAACACAGAUUCCUGAUCAAAAGGACUUUUCUUGGAUUGUAAUUGUUUUGUGCCACGUUGAGUUUUGUUGUUCCCACACAGUGCACAUAAGAUGUCUGACUGUGGAGAUCCCACAUGUUGAAGAUGUGAAUCUCGAGAGCCGAGAGAUGUUCGACACGGCUUGACGGCAUCCAAUCAACACCCAAAAUGUGGCCUCCAGACUUCAGACCCCCGGACUUCGGACCUCCGGACGCGCAGAUGACUCUUCGCGGUUUCUUUGAAGAUGUGGAGGACCAACAGGGACCGCCAUAUUCUGGGGUUCAGUCAUCCAUCCUCUCGGGUGGUGCUGGGGUGUGCUGUGCACCCAGGACUACCCUGUCCUCUCUGGACCUCACCUGCAGGUCCCACCCUAACAAAACCAAGGCGGAAUUCUCCACCAGUCCUAAAACCUCCCAUGUGUUCUGCGUUAGUUCCCAACCGACCCUUCCUGUAUCCUACGCUCUCCCUGGUUGGGCCACAUCUCAAAAACUCCAGGAGGACCGUCUCUGCAUAAAACAAGAGCCGACAGGGGACAUGUUCCAUGAGCAGCCAUGUCUUUGGACUGACUGCAGUGCCACCUGCAGGAGCCGGGAGGAACUGGCGAGGCACAUAGAGAAGGUGCACGUGGACCAGCGUAAGGGUGAGGAGUUUGCCUGCUUCUGGGCUGAUUGCGUCCGAUGCAGAAAGCCUUUCAAUGCACGCUACAAGCUGCUCAUCCACAUGAGGGUGCACUCUGGGGAAAAGCCCAACAAGUGCAUGUUUGAAGGCUGCUCCAAAGAAUUUUCCCGUCUGGAGAACCUGAAGAUCCACCUGCGGAGCCACACGGGGGAGAAGCCAUACAUCUGCCAGCACCUCGGUUGCUUCAAGGCCUUCAGCAAUUCCAGCGAUCGAGCCAAGCACCAGCGAACGCACCUCGACACGAAGCCAUACGCCUGCCAGAUCCCGGGGUGCACCAAGCGCUACACUGACCCAAGCUCUCUGCGAAAACACGUCAAGACUCAUUCAGCCAAAGGCAUCCAGGAGGCCAAGAUUCACAUGUACGCGGUACCAGAAUCGGACCUGUUCAACAGCUCAGCAUUUCCGGGCUUAGACAACUUCCCAGGUUCUUCCACUAACGGAGAGAGCUCGGACCAUGUGCCCCUACAAGCCGACAUCCACUCUCUUGGCAUGGGAGGAAGCUUCCACGGGAGGAGCACACUGUUUAUGGCCUCAACUGACACCCCACUGCAACAACAACACGCGUUUCCAGGGGGACUCUUUGGGGAGAGGAGAACAUCUCGGCCACCUGGUGAAGGAGGUUUUGCCGAACCUGCCGCAUGUUUCCUACAAGCCCCGACAGCACCCCCUGCAGCGUUUGACUUGUUGCACGACCUGGACGACGACAACUUCCUGUUCCAGACGGGAGCUGUGGAUCGCCGCCUCUCUCGCAUGGACUCCGUCUACCUGGACUCAUGACCGCCAACCUGGAAAAAAAAAACGGGGGAAAAAAACUAAAGCUCGACGUCUUUGCGGGUUGGUUUUUGCAACUGUUAUGGUAUUUCUGAAUAUAUUUACUCAACUGCAGAUGAGGGAUGGCCGUUAUUUUUUUGUGCCAAAAAAACUAAAACUGUUUUUUUUUCCUUCAAAUGUUCGCCUUUAAAAGCACUUUAAAUAUUAUACAUUUAUGUCAAUAAAAUUACCGCAACAUGCUAGGUUCAAUUAGCAAUAUAGGGAGUUUGUGCAACAGCUAACGUUUAGGCUUUGAUAACAUCUUUAUUCAUCUUCUCACCAAAUAUAAAAAGUGUGCCUCCAUUGGUCAUCAUUUUUGUUUGUAAUGUAGAAAUGUUGCUCCCAAGUGUGCAUGUAUCUAAACACAUUACAUAUGCAUGGUCAACUUGAUACUGGAGGGUCAUACGUACAAAGGAGUGUUAAUGAAAAAACAAAACAAAAAUUUGAGAAUAAAGUCACAAUCAUCUGAGAAAUUAUUUUCUUUUUAUAGAAAAAAAAUAACAGAUUUAAGGCAUAUUUUUUAUGCAUGAUGCGUGUGGGUAUUUUUAUACUCACUUGUUAAAGUAUGACUUUAAUCUUGAAAUAAUACCAAUUCUUUCCCAAAUAAAUACUAUAUUUAUUCUCAUAAAAUAUUUUUCUUAAUGUGAUAAAAUACAGCUAUUCCUUGAAAAACUCUGUUUGGGGGGCACAUUUUGCAUAGUAAAUCAUAGCAUUACGAGAUUAAAAUGUAAUUUUUCUGAUGCAUUACGUGUUUGUGGGAAUUUUUGAAUUCACUUUUAUCUCCUAUUUCCUGGAAAUAGACACCCUAAAAUUAUUUUUAUUUUUUGAAAAAUGAGCCUUUUUUUCUUGAAGAAAAUGUUUUUAUUUUAUUUUUUUCAAAAAGUUUAUUUUUAAAUAAUUUUUAUUUUGAAAAGAUACUUUUUCUGACGACUGGUUCGCACAUCUGCCUCAGAGUUCUGAGGACCCGGGUUCAAAUCACCUCCCCACCUGUGUGGAGUUUGCAUGUUCUCCCCGUGCCUGUGUGGGUUUUCUCCGGGUACUCCGGUUUCCUCUCACAUCCCAAAAACAUGCGUGGUAGGUUGAUUGAAGGCUCUAAAUUGCCCGUAGGUGUGAAUGUGAGUACGAAUGGUUGUUUGUUUAGGUGUGCCCUGCGAUUGGCUGGCGUCCAGUUCAGGUCUCGCCCGAAGAUAACUGGGAUAGGCUCCUGCACGCCCGUGACCCUCGUGAGGAUAAGCGGUACAGAAAAUGGAUGGCUGUAUGGAUUCCUACCUCUACUAUAUAUUAUCAAUACAAGCGGAUCAGAUAUCGAUAUUGUGGCACACUUCAUGACAAUUUGGGCUCUUUUUUGUAAUCAAUUAUUACAUUUCUGUAAGUUUUGCCUUCGUCUGUUACAGUACAUAGAUCGAUUAUUGCGCAAUUGCUGUAUCGUGAUACAAUAUCGGGAUUGUUAUAUCCUUUUGAUUUAGACAAAAAUGAUGUAAAUUGUGCAAAAAAAUUUGCAAAUGUAUUAUUCAUGCAGGCCCGGUAACCACUAAUGUAUUUUUACCUGAUGUUUAAUGCAUCGCAGCACACCAGCAUGCUGAGACAUGUUGUGUAAUAACCUCCCGGAUGCUGGAAAUAUUCCAAUAAAAUGCUCACGUCGGAGCCUAAUGUCGGAAAAGGUAGGGCUCAUCAAACAUAAGUGUCAAUCAAACAUGCUUGCGGCUGUUUGUUUUUUAAAUCCAGUAAAUUUUUUACUUUUCAUGUAUCGUAAGCGGUGGAACGGUGUAUGACUGGUUAGAGCGUCUGCCUCACAGUUCUGAGGACCGGGGUUCAAAUCCGGCCUCGCCUGUGUGGAGUUUGCAUGUUCUCCCCGUGCCUGCGUGGGUUUUCUCCGGGUACUCCGGUUUCCUCUCACAUCCCAAAAACAUGCGUGGUAGGUUGAUUGAAGGCUCUAAAUUGCCCGUAGGUGUGAAUGUGAGUACGAAUGGUUGUUUGUUUAGAUGUGCCCUGCGAGUGGUUGGCGACCAGUUCGGGGUGUACCCCGCCUCACUCCCUAAGGUAGCUGGGAUAGGCUCCAGCACGCCCGCGACCCUAGUGAGGAGAAGCGGCUCAGAAAAUGGACGGAUGGAUUUUUCCAGAAUUUUUUUUUCCCCCUCAACACAUAGGUUUUCUUUCCUUGAAAAAAUAAUUCAGUAAUUGUAAUAGUUUUUCUUUAAAAGAAACAGCCAAACUUUUUAUAAAAAUAAAACUUUGCUUGAAGAAUAUUUUGACUUUUUUUCUCCUCAAAACAGACCUUGCCCCUAUAUUAAAAUCUUGAACCGUAAGACUUUUUUUCUCAAAAAAAAACAACAACAACAAUAUAAUUUCAGUGAAAUAUUUGUUUUUUUUACAAGAAAAAAACAUUUAAAAAUUAUGAGUUGAAAAAAGACUUUCCCUUUCCCCCUCAAAAUAUGUAAUUGUUCUUGGAAAUACAUUUCUUUUCCUUUAAUUUUUUUCUUGAAAAGUUUGACCAUUAUCCCUCAAAAUUCAACUUCAUUUCUUACUAUAAAAAUGACUUUCCUCCCUCCAAAAAAAUUCAAAUACUUUUUUAAAGAUACUUUUCCUUUUUUCUUUAAAAAAACAUUUGAAAUUUCACUUGAAAAAUACAACUUUAUUCUCAUUCCUGAAUUUAUUCAUGUAAUUUAUCCCACCAUUACUCAAGCCCGGUACUUUUCCUAUCCCAUCCAACAGUAAUAAUGCUCCCCAGUUUAAUGUAAAUACUUUGAGCCAUUUCUGUUCAAUUUAUGACACAAGCUUGUCCUAUUCCGAUUACGCAGCCCACAUAACUUCAAAUCUUCGUUCUUUUAAACAUCAGAUUUCACACCAAAAAGCAGUUGUUUCAUCAAGUCUUGAUGAAAGUGGGCGACGCCACAGGAUAUGUCUUCAUAUUGCGUCACUUCCAAUAACGUCAGUAACAUUUCAAUUUAGAUUUUCUUGCGUAUGUGUGUGUUUGCACGGAGAUGUUUACAUUAACUUUGCAAAACUAUCUUUUAUAUCUUAAUAAACAAUCUUUAUGCAUCAG